GUCAUGCAGGAGAACUAUGAGAAUGUGACCUCGCUGGCCCCCCAAUUAAACUAAACCAACACAGGAAACAUCCCAAUCACCAGGUCAACGUACAGUCUCCAUCAAUAUGAGAGAGCAGCUCCAAUCCUGUCAAAAAGGGGGUUGAAAAAUAGGACCAAGGGACAGCUGGGAAGCGCAGAGUUUUCAGUCUCCAAACCUGAUAUGAUCUCCCGGCUGGAACAAGGAGAGGAGGCGUGGUUCCUGGAUCUCCAGGGUUUAGAGGAAAGAGAGAUCCUGACAGGUGCCUGCACAGAUGAGGGAUCAUUAAACCAACACGGUGCUGGGAUGGUGAGUGAGAACAAGGAGCAGAAUCCUCAGCAGGAAGAUGCUGAGCAAGUGGAAGCGCAUGGGGCAUUAUCGCAAAGACUCAGCGGGAGCCUGUUCAGAAGCCAUGAGCAGGGAAAAGCCGGUGAGAGUCAGCGCAGGCCAGAGAGGCUGGAGAGAAACCAGCCAGGGGAAAACGGGGAUAAAUCCAUUAACUGUCAGGGAAUUCACAAGGACCUCAAGGAAGCCACAGCCCAGCAGAGACUCCCCACAGGAGAGAGAAACAACACAUGCACUGAGUGUGGGAAAACCUUCAGUUGCCGCUCUGGCCUUAUUAAGCAUCAGAGAAUCCACACAGGGGAGAGACCCUACGAAUGCGGUGAGUGCGGGAAAAGCUUUGUUCGGAACUCACACCUUGUUACGCAUCAGAGAAUCCACACCGGGGAGCGACCCUACGAAUGCUGCAAGUGCGGGAAAAGCUUCAGCGACAGCUCAGCCCUUGUUACGCAUCGGAGAACCCACACGGGAGAGACACCCUACGAGUGCCAGGAGUGCGGGAAAAACUUCACUCGGAGCUCCAACCUUAUUAUGCACCAGCGAAUCCAUACGGGAGAGAGACCCUACAAAUGCUAUCAGUGCGGGAAAACCUUCGCUCGGCGGUCAAACCUGAUCAGACAUCAGAGGAUCUAUACAGGCGAGGGUCCCUAUAUAUGCGCUGAGUGUGGGAAAACUUUCCAUCAGAGCUCGACCCUUGUUUAUCAUCAGAGAAUCUGCAAAGGAGAUCAACACUGCGAAAACCCUGUCUAGGGCUGGCAAAAGAGGGAGGUUUUUUGUUUGUUUGUUUUUGUCCUCUAAGACUUUUGUUAAUUCCCACAUAUUGACGUUUAAGCUGUUUGGCCACUUUGCUUCACCGUGUUCUCUCAGCUCCCCUAGGCAAGUUGCCUGCUUUUGCCUUCUGCCGUUUGCCCUUUUCUGGGGUGAAUCCUGUGGUCCUGUCUCUCAAUUCCAUUGUCCUUUGAGUCUUGGAAGUGUGGCAUCAGCCCCAGAUGGGAGAGAGAGGGGUGACUUCAACUAGCUAA